UCCAUCCCUUAAAGUCGGUGGUGACCUUUAGUUGGUUUAUAAAUAAACAUAAUUAUAUUGCAUUUUUCAUUGAUUUAUUAUGUGCAUUAUUUAUCGCCAUUGUAGAAAAGAUGAAGGAAAUGAUCUUUAAAAGUUGGUGUGGUGUAAUGCUAACAAUAAAAUAGGUAGAUUGUGUUAUCGCUGUUGGCGUCUUGUUUUUGUGAUUUGAUCCAAGAUAGAUCAUGGCAGCGUCUGAGACAGUUAAGGUAUCUGUCGUCAUAGAUCCGACGCCAAAUAUUAUUCCCUGCUCAACAACUUUUACUGCUGAAGAAUUGUGUAUAGUUCUGUGUAAGAAAUAUAACAUUCCGCCACUGACGCGUACCCUGUUUGCAUUACGGAUCAAAGGCUCAGACCUUUUCCUCAAAGAUAACAGCAAAGUUCUUCUGAGUUCAAGAGAUUAUGAAUUAAGGAUACGGUUCAAGGUACCUCGACUGGGUCUGUUAAUUACUUUAGAUGAAACAACUUAUGAUUACUACUUUCAACAAGCAAGAAAUGAUGUUAAUGAAAAUAAAGUGCCUGAAAUUAAGUACCCUGAAAAUAAACAGGAACUUCUGGGUCUUGGCAUAGCUGAUAUGACAAGGGCAAUUAUAGAAGAGAAACUACAAUUAAAUGAUGUAGUUCGUAAUCACAAGAAAUAUAUUCCCAAAAUUAUAAUAAGGAGACAUGGUCCAUAUCCAAAAAAAUAUGCCAUAGACUAUCUACCGAAACUGUGUUCUGUGGGUCACAAUGUUAACUAUGUUAAAAAUCUAUAUUUACAACAAUUAUAUGGAUUGGCACCAAACUAUUUGGCUGAAGAGUAUAACAAUGUACUUUGGCAGAAUGGUAGUGAUGUAUUGCCCGUUAAAGUUGUUGUUUCACCAUUUCAUCCCCACCAGCCAGGAAUACGGCUUUUUAAUAUUACUAAAAGAGAUUGGUUUCAUGUUUGUACUAUUGAGGAGUUGAUAUAUCUGACUAGAAACGGAGAUAACUGUUUGGAGAUAUCAAGACGUGGGACACCUUUGUUUCUUAAGUUCAAAAAUGAGGAACAGUUAUCAUCAUUUAUAUCCCUAUGUGAUGGAUACUAUAGGUUGAUGGUAAAGUGGACAUUUAAUUUGUCGAAGGAUGAUGAAACACCUUCGUUAAAGGAGCUCCAGAGAAUAAAAUGCCAUGGGCCUGUGGGAGGUGCAUUUUCAUAUCGUAAGCUUGAAGAGAAGCGGUCUAAGAAGCAUGGAUGUUACAUUCUUAGGCAAUGUCAGGACGAUUACAAUGUAUAUUAUUUGGAUGUUUGCUCCAAAAAUAGUACAACUGAAACAUACAAAAUAGAAUUUAAAGGCCACUGCUAUAUAUUUAAUAAGGAAGAAUAUUUUAGCAUCGAAAGAUUGGUCAGUUGUCAUCAAAAUCCUGAAGGAAGGAUAUUUCUAAAUGAAUGCAUACCACCUUCAGAGUAUGAUAAGUCUCAGUUACUGUUGUGUGGUGAACCAUUAAAGAAAGGAGUUAGAAUUGACCAAGCGGAGUUGCAAGAGAUUUUAAAAGACAACAAAAGUCCACGAUGUCUGCCAAACAAAGAUUUAUUAUUAUACACUGGUUCUGAAAAAGUGGGUUCCGAAAAUAUAACAGCGACCUACAAGGCUCUUUGGCGUCUGGAUGAAACUAAGAAAUUGGUUGUGGCAUUUAAGACAUUACAAAGAGAAAAAGCUAAUGAUUAUUUAAAGGAUUUCAUUGAGUUAGCAAGUAAAUGGGCGUGCGUGCAAUCUAGUUCUAUAGUGAGGUUGUAUGGAGUUACACUGAGUUCACCAACUGCUAUGGUGUUGGAAUACUUGCCCUAUGGCCCCUUCGAUGUGUAUCUUAGGGAGAAUGAGGAGAAUGUUAAGCCUAUACACCUGAAGAAGGUUGCAGCGGGUUUGGCUCGUGCUUUAUGGGAUCUCUCAGAGGCUGGUAUAGUACACGGAGCGAUACGAUGUCGCCGUUUACUACUGGCCUCUCACCACGAUGACCGCAUCAUCGUCAAGCUCUCAGGACCGACACUCAGACAGUACUCGCCGCUCGAUGUUCACUGGAUGCCGGUAGAGUUCUUCGCUGAUAUGAACUUAGCGAAGAGAUCUGUUUUAGGGGACAUCUGGGCUUUCGCUACCACCCUGUGGCAGGUUUUCUCAUACGGACACUCUCCGAAUGAUACCAAUCCAGUUUUAACUGCAAGAAGUUACGAGAUGGGUGACAGAUUGCUUCGUCCGUCCCGGUGUCCUGGCGAGGUUUGGGCCUUGGUCAGAUCCUGCUGGCAGAGCGACCCUCCAAGACCACAGGAGAUUAUGCGAGAUAUGAAUCACAUGCUGCAUAGAGAAUAUGUUCCUCUACAUGAGUACGAAGAACCAAAGAUUUCAUUGGAUCACAUGGAACAUGCAGAAACGGUGUCGAGCGAUCGUUUUAUUCCCAGCGAGUUGAGUGACGCCGGCAGCAAUAAGUCGUUAAUAUCAGUAGACAGCAGUGUACCGUCAACUAACGGGACAGUAUCGGACUCGUAUGAUAAUCCAUUCGCUGACAACAAGAGUUCAAACUCGUUGGAAUCAAUGAAUGCAUUGACCUACGCACUGCGGUCGGAGGCUGUGAUCAGUCGUAGCAACAGCGCGUGUGGACCCGACGAGCCGGAUGAUGGUGCGGGCGCCCCAAGACUCAUGGAAUCCAUCGUGUCCCAGGGGAAGACAUAUCUCGUUACCAUAACAAAGAAAAUAGGAAGUGGCAAUUACGGGCACGUCUUCAAGGGCUGGAUGGAACGUGAUAAUCAGGAAUCUCAAAGGAAAGAAGUAGCUGUUAAGAAAUUAACUCGGCAAGCUUCAGAAAGAAAUGGAAGCCUUUACGAGGACUUUAAAAAUGAACUGGAAAUUAUGAAGUCCCUACAACACAUCAACAUAGUAGAGAUCCUCGGUUAUUCUUGGGAUCACAGUUCGGAUGUGCUGAUAGUCAUGGAAUAUUUAGAGGAGGGUUCCCUUAACUACUACCUCAAGUUCCAGGGAGAUAAGCUAAGGAUAUCACAUCUUUUGAAAUACGCCAAAGAUAUUGCAACGGGCAUGGAUCACGUGUCAGCGAAGAACGUCGUGCAUAGAGAUCUAGCUACAAGGAACAUUCUAGUUGUGAACAAAUAUCACGUGAAGAUAUCCGACUUUGGCUUAGCGAGGAUCAUACCUAAGGAGGAGAGUGCAUACAGAAUUAAGACAGAACGCCUUCUACCUAUCAAUUGGUACGCUCCGGAAUCAGCAGUAGAGCCGUGGCAUUUCUCCAGUAAGAGUGAUGUGUGGUCGUACGGUGUUACAGCUUGGGAGAUAUUUACACGGGCUAGGACUGAAGUGCCCAAGUUUGAUGUGGAAAGACCCAGGGAAAGGGCGUCGUGUUUUCAAAUACCAGAAGGUUGUCCUUCGGAGAUAUUCAGACAUCUGAUGAAAGAAUGCUGGGCCCUAGACCCAAAUUUACGUCCCAAGUUCAUUGACCUCGUGCAUAUGUGCAAGCGAUUUAUGGAUGAAUACCAGUGAACAUUAUGAAGCUGUAGCUACUGGAAUUGUUGACUAUUUAUUGCAUCGCAUGCGAAUUGAUAAUUAUAAUAGAUCACGUGGUAAUUCUAUGUAAUUUAAGAAUAGUGUGGAUUGUUUUGUAUGAAUUAAUUUCUAAUGUAUCUGUAUUUUUUUAUCCGCGAAUGGAUAUUUAAUGAAAUCAAUGGAAUAGCUCAAGCCUCGAUUCACUAGUUGCUCGUGCGCACAGUCUUGUUUGAUGGUUCCUUCAAGCAUUUGCCUUAGUUAUUUUGUUUAUGUAAAUAAUUUGUUUAUUUAAAUGCAAUCACAUGUUACAUACACCAUGCAAUUACUUCAUCAUAAGAUUAUUACUAAGAAUUUGUUAUAAUAUAAUUUAAUUUUAACAUCAUAUUAUAUAAUACAUAUACUUGCCCAGUAGAAUGUUAUUGUGAGAUUUAAGUCAAUUGUAGCUUUUUAAGUGAUAGAUUUUUUUUUUUACUUUUAUAUAAAUGUUGCACGCUAUAAAUUUUUGGACUAUUAAUUUAUUGUAAUCUGUGAAGCAUUUUGUUGCAAUACUUUUUUUUUUAAUAAAAAAAAUCAAGUCAAUUAUGUAUCUACAAAUAAUUUGUUAGGAAAUUAUACUUAAUUAAUCGUUCAAUAAUGUAGCGUGCUCUAUUGUGAAGACCAAAGAUAUUAAAUUAUCAUUUAAUAUUGUUAUCGUAAUUUUUUUUAAGUUAAAAUUAAAAUAUGUAUGACUGCUCAGUUGUUAAGACUUGAGUGAUAGCUUUUAUGUUUGACGUAUGAGUUGUUAAUGCUUUAGAGUUUGACAAGGAGGAUUGACCUUGAAAAUGUGAAAUAUAUGCCUGAUUUAUUAAUUCUAUGAAAUUUUUCGAAUGUCUAUUGAUUUUUUUAAUUGAUUCAAACAGUUGUGAUCGGUAUGAUGAUAGACUGAGUAUGAAGUUAACGGGUGCUAAAAAGAAUUGUAUGGAUAUGGCUAGUGUUUUACAGGAAUUUUUUUGUUACAUCAAAAAUCUUUUAAAUAAAUCUUUUUUAAGCCAUAUUAUACUAUCAUCAGAAUCAUGUUUGGUUUAAUUACAUAAAAACGAGUUAAUUAUACAUUUGUAUAUAAGUCGAAUUGGAAUUUACGGAUAUUUUAUUAGUAUAAGGUUGUUAAAGUGUUUUGUUUAAAGCUAUGUAGUUGAAAUGAGCGUGAUUUUUCGAUAUUUAUAUUAUAUAAUAUUCCGACCAAUUCAGAUCAUGUCCGAUGAUAUACAAUUUGUAAUUUUAAUUUAUUGAAUAUCUCAUUUAUAAACAGAUUAUUGUACGCGUUCAUAUUGAUAUAGUUAUUUAUGCUAGCAAUAGUUGAAUCAUUAUUUUUAUACACAAUUACGAGUAUGCAAACAAGAGCCUGUUUGAAUGUUCAUCGGGAUAUGCCGAUGUGGCUCGGAAUCCAAAAAUGUUUUGUCUCUGGUACAUAAUGAGGCUUGAUGAUGAAUUUAUAAUAGAAAUUUUUAAAAAUGUCAAGUUAUAAAAUAAGUUUUCUAACAAUGAUUAAACUGACACUGUGAUAAACUCAAAAAUAAUAUUCAUAAAGUAUAACAAAAGUACAGUUACCAACAGAACUUUGAUUUUAUGUAACAAUAUCACUGACUGUAUUAGAGGACGUAUAACGUUGGGAUAAAUUGAAAUAAACUGGGAAAAAAAAUUCUCAGCUAAUUAAAGAUGGCGCCACUGACUGUAAAGUGGACGUCAACUGAAUCGAUCUCAGGCUUAUAUUUGUUAUAAAUAGAUUUUGUUCUCGAUUCACGUACUCAGUCCUCUAUAUAUUGUUAUAUAUGUUAAAUUUCCAUUCAUAUAUAUAUAUAUAUAUAUAUGUAAAUAAUUCUGAGUGUUUUGCAUGCGUGGAAUUCGAUGUAUAUAAUAUUGUUUAUGAAAAUACAUGUUAAUUAUAGGAAUCGUAUCUACUAUAACGACCUGAUGUUACUUCGUUUGAUGAAAAGUUUAUAUGUUUCUUAAAAAUAAUUUUUUUUUCAUGCCUCUAACAUAUUUUUAUACUACCUCACAGCUUACGGUAUGUUGUUUUAUACACGCAUUCCUUUCAUUGAACGAAGCAAGUGUCAGUUUUAUUUGCCAUACAUUUAAAUAAACAUUUGGAUAUUAUGA